CAUGCAAGGACUGGUGGGCAGUGAAAAAAGCCAAGUUGGUUUGUGCCCAUGGACCCAUUUGACCGAGAUAUGAGUUAAUUAAUGAAAAUGUCAUUAAUAAUAAUUAAUUAAUAACUCACGAUCUUGAUCAGUUAGAAGUGUAAAAUUUUCAGCAUUGAUGGAGAUACAUGUUGCCUAUUUCGUAUGAGAGUUUUAGGUUUAUAAACCGAAACUUUCUCAAGAUAUCAAUUUUUAUAAUUUAGGCAGUUUCUAGUGAAAAAUCACCAUUGAGAACAUAAAAAAUUGUUAUCACCUUUGAAAUGCCUCUGUUCAUGUUGUAGACGCUCAGAGGCGCUUAGGAAUCUAUUUCUAGACGAAAUAAGUCUUUACGUGUCUGCGAUUUUGAAUAAAGUAUAUAAAACGGUUUGAGAGUACACGAAGACAAAAAUGGAAAAAAACAGAAAGGAUCCCGUAAAAAUUGCAAAAUGGCUCCCGUAUACUAGAAUUUUGAUAAAAAUAGUAGAAAUGAUCCCGGAUUUCGAAAAAAAGUAUUUUCGGCAGAAUCGAUCCCGGAAUAAACUAAUUUUUAUAUUUAUUGUGCAGAAUUGAUCUUGGUUGACGUGUGUAGUGGUCACAUAACAUCCUCUUCCUCAUCGCUGAUUUCUAUAUACAUUCUCAACACUCUUUUGUUUUAUCACAAAUAAAUACAGUCUCCGAUACUUCAAUCUUUGUUUAGUCAAUCUUUCUUAUGAGGGAACCUCACCAAUUGAUAUGGCGUUUAGCACGUGUGUAAACGUUUUCAAUGUCAAUGAAUUUCUAUAAACUAGAAAAUCCCCAGCAAUUUUCUAUAAGCUAGAAAUUAAUUCAAGAUUAUAGUGUACGUCUCAAAAGAGAUACGUUUUUUUUGUAAACUCACACUCAGUUUUGUAUGUCCCCCAAUUACCAGAAAGAAUUCAAGAAUUAGCAUCGAGUUUUUUUCCAGUUUCUGAAAUUUCAGAAAUUCAGAAUUAGCAUCAAGUAUUCAGAAAUAAAAAUCAAGCUUUUUCUCAAUUCAAGGAAUCAAGAAUACCAUCAAGGAUUUUUCUUAAUUCAAAAAUACAGAAACUGACCAGACUAUUGAGUUUUUUCAAUUGAAAGAAUACAAAAAAUUCAAAAACUGAAAAUGUGACUUUUCUCAAUUUCUUGAAUUCGAAAAAGCCAAAAAUUCUUUGAAUUUAUAUCGAAUCGGCUUGAACAAUUCUUGAAAUUCUAGUAUUCAGGAAUUGAAAGAAUACAUAAGUUUUAAUUCAGAGAGUAACAAUAAAAAGUCUCUGAGUAACCAUAGUGGCUGUGUGUGGGGUGAAGUGGGACGAUGAGAGUGAGCCGCUAUCCAACAUUGAGCCAUGUGCUACAGUCCGCUUGAUCCGCGCAAUUCACUGAUUGGUGAGUAUUCUAAAUACAUGAGUUCAAACCGAUUCCAUACAAAUUCACAGAGUUUUGACCUUUCGAAUUCAAGAAAUUCAUAAAAAGUCACAUUUUCCACUUUCCAAUUUUUGUACUCUUUCAAUUGAAAAAAUUAAAAGGUGCCUGUCAAUUCCUGAAUUGUUGAAUCGAAAAAAUAUUCUCAAAUUGGAAAAAGUUGCUUUCAGUUCUUGAAUUCUUUGAAUUAAGAAAAAGCUUAAUUUUUAUUUCUGAAUACUUGAUGCUAAUUCUGAAUUUCUGAAAUUUCAGAAACUAAAAAAUAACUCAAUGUUAAUUCUUGAAUUAUUUCUACUAAUCUUGAAAAUUUUAUCAAUAUAGAGUUCUGUGAACUCCGCUGCCUCUUACUCCUAAAUAUACAAAGGACGUUAUGGAUACCCCGUGUAUUUUUAAUUCAUUUCAAUUAAUAAUUGUAACAUAACUCUAAAACACUUCUUUCAUAAUGUGCAUCAUUAUAACCUUAUAAUGAUCGAAACAGUGGCGUUCAUUCCUCCGUCAAACUUUGAGGUAAUUAGCCACUUAACGUUUUGCAAUCCCUGCUUUCAUUAAAAUCGCGCCCCACUUCUGAAUUUUUUAACAAUUAUUAGCCGAGUAUUGAAGUAAAACUCACCGUUACAAUAAUUCACAAUGCUUAAAUCUUAGAUUGAUAAGUUAAGUUCUCUUUCUUCCUUUCAUGUCAGGGUUCAUACCUCGCAAAAAGUUUUUAUUUAAGGUAGUUUGCCUUAAGUACACUAAAGGAUGGACGCCACUGAAUCCAGAGAUAAAUUUUUUCAAACACCUUUCGCUUUUAAAAGUGCCUGAGUUCAUCCUGAUGUUUCUUAGUCUGGGUUCUUCAACUUUUUUAAUCUUUUUUCACGGUUUCAGAACCAGUAUAUGAACGCUACUAUUUAAACAGUAUUGGGAAAAAAAUCACAAUGACUAGAGUAAAAAUGUAUUCCAUGCUCAAGGUUUCCUGCGACAAGAUGCGAGUUAUUAAUAAGAUGCAAUGAAUCAUCUAACAUCUAAUCUGAAGUUUUCCCUGCAUCCGAAGAUAUUACAUCAAAUAUAAAUUAACAAAAUGCUUUUUACCAUGCAUAAUAUCUGCGCUCGAAGACCAUAUUCAGAAUCAUGCGACAUCUAUUGAACUGUAAAGACAUUGCAUGAAAUCUUAUUCAACGAGCAGUGAGAAAGGCAGAAAAUUUUUUAUCGACGGCGGCCAUUUUUCGCAGGUACUAUUGACAGGUAACUUGUUACAACGAGUUAAGCAAGAGAAUAAGUAUGUAACACAUACAAUAACUAAACAUGCAUUGUAUUCUCACUUGUAUUAAACUUUUCACGCAAAAAAAAGCUGUAUUUUUGAAAAUUGUGUGUAGCGAGUUGCAUUGCAAGCAAAACAUCGUGCAACAUCAUUAUGUGGUUAUUAUUAUGUAUUGAAUAUCAGAAGAGUAUUUCUAUUCAGAUUCAAUACUUCAGGUCUCUUGACAGUUUAAUCACCUUCUUGGUGAUAGCGUUAGGAUGUCAGUGGCAGCAAGAUAAUUAAUCUUGAGAAUUUCCAUUUAAGAUAUACAUUGAGAUGCUUUUGAUGUAAACUCACGCGUCAAAGCUAUCUCUAGCUUCUGUUAGUCACAAUAGAAGAUUUGUUUAGAUUUUUCUUGUUGUUCUAAAUAAAGUCUUUAUUGGCGCUCUGAAGGGUGUUUCAUAAAAAUUCUUAAGUGCUCGACUUAAGUUUAUAAAAUAAAACGUAUGUGUACAAAACGGGGACUUAAGUCGAGUACUUAAGAAUUUUUAUGAAACAUCUACCUGACUUUGUAGCGAAUAGAAGCUUCGCUAAUGGCUUAUUUGCUCGUAAACGAAUCUUUGCUUCCUUGAAAAACUUGUGGAACAAAAGAAUAUCAGUUGUCUUUUAACCGUUUCUAUUGCUUUAUCUUAUAGUCUAAAAAAAAAUAAAAUUUCUUUAUACCUCUUUGCAACAUAACGUCGUCGUAUAUAACAUCUUUCAUCAUUAUGUAAAGCUUUUUCUGAUGCGUUGUAUUCAAAUGAACAUUUGGAUGGAGGAUUGCUUCGCUAAAAGGAUUGUAUUAUUAUUUGUUGAAAAAAGAUACUGAUAUAUUUAAUUCAACAUUUUUAACAUGCUUUUUGCGUUACAUUUUCUUUUUUGAAAAGUGGUAUCAUUAGUGUUACAAGCUACUCAUAAUCUGAAUUAACCUUUUUUUGUACACUCUUCUGUUUCUAGAUGUCAUCAGCCAAACUAUUUUAUCCGUGUUAUUAAUAAUUCUAAAAUUAUCUGCAAUAAAUAUACUUUAAUAGUAUUUCUUUUUCUCUAGUUUUUAUCUUCACAUUAUUGUCAUGGAACCCGAUUUUGAACGUCGUUUACUCAUGUCAAUGUCUGGUCAAAGUUCACUAAAUUCAUCACCAUUUUCUUCUCCUAUUUCCACUCCUGUUAAACAUAGUGAUCGUUUCAUUCCUCUUCGAUGUUUAAGUCAACCAAAUGCUUACUAUAUUGAACAAGAUAUGUCGACAAGAAAUUCGACACUUAUGGAAAAAAAACAAAUAAAUACACGUGAUGCCACAUCAUCAUCAACAACAACUACUGGUUCAUCAGAUCGAACAAAAGAUAUUUUAACUUAUCAAGCACUAUUACAAAAUGAAAUGUUUGGAACAAGGAUCGAUACAAUUUAUGACGAACAAAUAGGAGUAAGUGGAUUAAAUGGUAGUGGUGGCAUAACUGGAAAUAAUUCGACAAACACGGAUAUAAAUACUGGAUCAAAUCCACAAACAACUCUAACACCAUCGUCGAGCACAUUGAAUAAUACAACAGCAGGUACAAAUUUUGGAACUCAGUCACCAUUAUUUCUUUCACCUUCAUCUACGUCUUUACCAUCUUCAUUUCGUCUUAAUUAUACGAACACUAAUCCAAAUAUUCUCCGUUUAUGUGAUCCAAAUACAAUUUUUAAAUAUUCUCUUAAACGUAAUUCAAAUGAUUUGCAUUAUUCACCCUACACACUUUCACCUCUUUCACCAUCAUCAAUCAAACUUUUACGUUCUCCUCGAAAACAAUUACGUAAAAUUCCCAAAACACCAUUUAAAGUAUUAGAUGCACCAGAAUUACAAGAUGAUUUUUAUUUGAAUUUGGUCGAUUGGUCAUCAACCAAUAUUUUAGCCGUAGGCUUGAAUGCAUCUGUUUAUUUGUGGAAUGCGAAUACAUCAAAUGUGACAAGAUUAUGUGAUUUACAAUCCGAAUCAGAUACAGUGACAAGUGUGGCAUGGUCAGAUCGAGGACAAUUUGUAGCAGUUGGAACACAUAAAGGUAUUGUUCAAAUUUGGGAUGCACAAUCACAUCGUAAAACCAUUUCGUUUCCUCGUCAUACGGCACGUGUCGGUGCUUUAGCAUGGAAUGAUAUGUGUAUUUAUAGUGGUUCACGUGAUCGAUUUAUCAUUCAAAAUGAUACACGCUCAAAUAAGCAGGAACGAAAAUUAGCUGGGCAUCGACAAGAAGUAUGCGGUUUAAAAUGGUCACCUGAUCGGCAAUUAUUAGCAUCGGGUGGAAAUGAUAAUCGUUUAUUAGUAUGGAAUCAAUCAUGUUCAACACCAAUUCAAACGUAUACGGAUCAUACAGCAGCUGUUAAAGCAAUUGCAUGGUCGCCACAUCAACAAGGACUACUAGCAUCGGGUGGUGGAACAGCAGAUCGUUAUAUUCGUUUCUGGAAUACACUUACAGCUCAAAAUUUACAAUGUAUUGAUACCGGCUCUCAAGUAUGCAAUCUGGCAUGGUCUAAACAUUCGAAUGAACUUGUAUCGACACAUGGCUAUUCUCAAAAUCAAAUUAUUGUUUGGAAAUAUCCGACAAUGUUACAAUUAGCUCGUUUAACCGGUCAUACAUUUCGUGUGUUAUAUUUGGCAGUAAGUCCCGAUGGUGAAUCGAUUGUCACUGGUGCUGGUGAUGAAACAUUGAGAUUUUGGAAUGUAUUUACAAAAUGUCGUGCAAAUAAAGAAUCAAACAGUGUACUUAAUUUAUUUAAUAAAAUCAGAUAG